CUUGGCCAAUUGGGAGAGAGAAGGCGGGGCUCGGGAGAGAGAAGGCGGGGCUAGGGACCCGCCGGAGGCGGAGCGGGAGCCGAAGGGGUGUGUCUGAAGUGGGGGCCGCUGAGUCCUAGAAGGUGGCAAUUUUCCUGGGCCGGCGGCGCGCGGCGCAGGUGGAGAGGCCGGCUGGCCGGGACUUCGGCCUCGGGCUUCGGGAAAUGGCGGCUGGGGGCAGAAUGGAGGACGGCUCCUUGGAUCUCACCCAAAGUAUUGAAGAUGACCCCCUUCUGGACACCCAGCAUCUCCCACAUCAUUCAUUACAUGCUCAUUUUAGACCCAGAUUCCAUCCUCUUCCUACGGUCAUCAUAGCAAAUCUGCUCUUGUUAAUACAUGUUGUAUUUGUCAUUUUGGCGUUUUUAACAGGUGUACUUUGUUCUUACCCUAAUCCAAUUGAGGACAAGUGCCCAGGAAACUAUACCAACCCAUUGAAAGUUCAGACAGUCAUAAUCCUUGGGAAAGUUAUUUUGUGGAUUCUGCACUUCCUUCUUGAGCGCUACAUCCAGUAUCACCACAACAAAGUAAGAAACCGAGGCUAUAACAUGAUCUACCUGUCGACAAGGCAUCUUAAAGGACUUGCCCUGAUGAUCCACUCCACUGGCAACACGGCUCUUCUCCUCGUGCUGUGCGUGCAGCACUCCUUCCCGGAGCCCAGCAGGUUGUAUCUUGACCUCAUCCUGGCCAUCCUGGCCCUGGAACUCAUCUGCUCCCUGACGUGUCUGCUUACUUACACAGUGAAAAUUCGAAACUUUAAUAAAGCCAAGCCACAGCCUGAUGUACUUGAAGAAGAAAAAAUCUAUGCUUACCCCAGCAAUAUAACCUCGGAGACUGGAUUCAGGACUAUUUCAAGCCUAGAAGACAUCGUUGAAAAGCAAGGAGACAUAAUAGCAUACCUGAAGCGACACAAUGCCCUGUUGAGUAAACGGUUGUUGACUUUCACUUCCUCCGAGCUAGACUCUCCACCUAGUAGAAUGUGAGAGACUCAAGGCCAAGACAGCAGGUGCAGAGGACUCCAGAGUAACCCUCCUUGGGAGCUUCCUGGGUAUAAUCUGAAACUGGCCCCGCAUAGAGGACAGAGAGCAACCAGAGAGAGAGGCAGAGCACUCCAGAUUGGCAGGUAGGAGGUUUAAUGAACAAGGGAACUUGUGUACAAGGCUUGUCUUGAGAGGCGGGCUGUCAGGUAAACAGAUCUCUGCAUCCACCCACCAGAAUCUUAAGUUUAUAAAGAGGCCUUAAUUGGCCUCAUAUACCAUCCGGAGGUCUCAACAGCACGUUAUUCUCCCAAAGCUGUGUCCUCGGAACAGCUCCCACUGUGAGACGGUGGGCAGAACGUCUAUUCCAAGGACAGGGGAGGGGUGAGCAGCCUCCGACUGUCCAAGUUUAGCUAAUGGGUCAGUUGGCAGUCAUGUCCAACAGCCUUCAGCUAUUUUCCUUUUCAAAAAGAAAACACCAGUGAUAGACGAUUCUUAUUUAAAUUCAUUUGGAUCUAUAGUGAGUUUCUAAGGGUGUAUAGGAUGAACUUUGGUUUACAGAGAAAGAUACAGUUAAAAAGUUAGGAUGCUCAGAUUCUGAUGUGAUGUCUGUAUAACUGCAAAGACUUCUCUAAACUCAAUCAUGAAAGUACCAAACAAUGAGCAAAAAUGAGAUGAAGUAUCGGAACUAGGAAAACAGGAUAAUGAACAAAGCACUUUAAAUGUUAAGCAUUCUAUUCACCAGGCAGGUGGUGUGGUGGCACAGCAGACACAAAACUUAAGGAGACCCUGGUUUGUAAGGAGGAAGAGGACUAGGAUUUCUAGGCUCUGUGCUAAGUGAAAUAAUGGCUAUAAGCCCGAGGAACUAUUGGAACUUCAGGCCAGGGCACCCUGGCAGGGAAGGGGCUGUGGGAAUUCCAGGCAAAUGAAUGAGUAAAGGAGCAAGGCAAACAGCUGCAGACAUCACAAGCGCUGUGCACUUGAGUGUGAAGCACGACAUGGGAGGAGAGGCGGACAGCAUCAGAUCUGGGAGAGUACCUUUUUGUUCUCUGUGCUGAGCGGCCCGUCCUGGAAUGGGGUCCGCUGAAGAGUCUCAAGCAAGGAAGUGACGGAGUCAGUUUUAUUUUCAGGAGCAUCAGAUUGUAGUACAAGAUGGAGAAAAAGUAGAUGGCAGAAAGAUUUGGCCCUGAACUAGGGCAAGUAUAGUAGCAUUCUAUUGAAAGUACAUAUGUAUAUAUGUGUAACAUAGAUGUCUGUAAUUUGGGGAUUUUAUUUCAGAGGACAAUAGCAUCAUGGCUUAUAUGUUAAAAGCUCAUUUUUUAAAAGAGCACUAUCGAAAACUAUAAGGAAAAAAACUAUCUGAAAUCCCACUGCUAAGGAAUUGUACCAGUUUAUACUGCUUGUUGUCCCAUACUUUCACCACCUGUGGGUGUUUUCCGUCUAUAUUUAAUUCUAGUCCUUCCAAUGGGUUAAAAUAUAUAUGUGUGUGUGUGUGUGUGUGUGUGUGUGUGUGUGUGUGUGUGUGUGUGUCAUUGUUUCAUAUUGCAUUUCCUCAAAUGCUAAUGAAGUUGAGUGUUUUCCCCCAUAUUCUUUGACCUUGUAUCAAUCUUUUGUGACCUGUAUAUAUCAUCAGGUCUUUUGCUUAUUAUUCUCCUGCAAUACUCUUUUUCUUAACAAACAUAAUCUCACUUUAUAUAUAAGGGUAGUCCUCAGUUUCUAUCUGUUGGAAAUAUUUCAUUGUUCUGUGUUCUUCUGCUAUGAUCUCUUCAAACACUGCAGCCUAGAUUUUAUCUGCUGCAGCCCUAGUGAAAAAGUUCACACAAAUGCAUGCCUAAAAGCCACAUCAGAUGUUUCCUUGUGUGAGAGCCAGCAGUGUCUUGAGUGAAUUUUAAUAUACCCAGCUUCUGAAGGUCCUUUUCCUUCUUCCAGGGAUUCAGACCCAAGUCUUACAUGAAUCAAGCUAAUUCUCCUUUUUCCUUUAAGGCAGCAUUCUCCAACCUUGCCACUAUUGUUUUUUUUUAACAUUUAUUUAUUUUUGAGAGACAGAGUGAGA